GGUGGAGAAAAAAGAGCAUAAAAUCUAAGUAUACAUUUGUAUUAAAUCUCUACACAAUCUGAUCCAGCGAUGCAAUAAUUACUAGAGAGAGUAAGACAGCUUAAAAUGAGUCUUGAAGAUCUCUGAUUGUCUCAGCACUUUGCCGUUUCUUGCCAGAAAGUUUAAUCUUUUUGUUGUAAGAGAAAAAGAAAGAAAGGCUUGGGAUUUGUAAAGCAAAAAGUCUGUUCAUCCUAUACAUAUAUAACUCUUCUCUUUCAGCUUUUCCUCCCAAAUCUUUAACCCCAAUAAAAUUUAACACAGAUAUCAACAAGCGACACAGAAAGAGAAGAUAUGGGCAGCAGUUAUUUUGGAGAGCCAAACUUGGGAAAUGAAAGAGGUUCAGGGUCUUCAAGAAAAGGCAAGAAAACUAACUCAGACAAGCCUAAACAACCGCAAAGAGGACUCGGUGUUGCCCAAUUGGAGAAGAUCAGAUUACAUGGCCAGAUGGGUAGUGCCUAUCAUCCUUCUCUUCAUACUCCUUAUCCCUCUAAUUUCAACCAGGAGGAUAUGAGAAUGCAAACAGCAGCUUAUUCAUCCGUACCAUCAUCUUCUUUCUCUUAUUCCUCAUCAUCUGUAGCAUCUUCAGCUUCCUAUGGUUUCCAUCCUAAUAUUGUGAUGGGAAUAGGUGAUUUUGAAAGAACAAACAUAAGAUGUGGUGAUUCACAACCAAACGCUGCAGCAAGCUGGAACCAAGGGAAUAGCUUCUUAGAAGCUCCACAUUUUGCACAACCUUCAGGCACAACAAGACACCUUUUGAAUCUACAAGUUGAGGAUGCACUGCCUAAGAAGAACAAGAAACAUCGGAGCAGCUCGAUGGGCUCAAGCAGCCAGAAUUCUGAAUCAAGUGACUCUCAAGAAUUAGAUUUGGAGCUCAGAUUGUCAAUUUAAGCGGUCAUUUUCUUCCAUUUGACAUGCAAGGACUGAGGAAGUGAUGAUGACAACCAACUGGUAUAGUUUGGUUUUACAAAACUCCAUACUGCUUAAGCAAGGUGAUGAUGAACUAGUUCAAAGUUUCAUAUUGUAAGGGAUCUUGUGUUACGAAAGAUAUAGCUAGGUUGACUUUCUGCACAAGACAAUGAAAUUUUCUUCUUGUUCAUGAACUGUGAAAGAAAUGAGAAAGUCAUAGUUCUCACAAAUUCUUGCUUUGCA